AUGUUGCUGCUCUCUGUGCUGCUGCUGCUGCUGCUGGUCAGCGGAGCUCAAUCCUCUCAUUAUCGUGGCACUUUGAUGACUUACUGUCCAAAAGAAACUAAGUCAGACGGAUCCGUCUCUGUGAUCCUUCGCUUUAAGUUUAACUUCGAUUCUUGCCAAGAUGGAAUAUUUCAGUGCACAUCUGGAAACUGUGGUGUUGAAAGUACGAUUCUUGUAAAUACCAAGAUUGAUGAAGCGAGUGGUUCUUGGUGUCAGAGUGAAAAGAUCACAACUCGGCUGCUUCCCAACAACUCUCCAUUGCAGCUUGCGUUUACUAGUUCAGCUUGGUUAAGUAAUAAAAAUGGCAUUGGAUCCUGGAAAGCAGUGACAGAUGUUGAACUGAGGGACCGGUCCGACACCAACAGACCCAACGCAUCACCACAAACCACCAUCUUUCCAGUUCUGAGAGUUCCUUCAAACUGCCAGAGAAAUAUUAGCCUGUUGGCCUUUGACCCCGAUGGAGACCAGGUCAAAUGCAGAUAUGCCAACCAAUUCCAGUCAGAGUGCGAGUCGCCCUGCACGCCUCCGUCUGUCCUCAGCCUCUCACCUACCUGCAUCCUGUCAUUCGGGGCAACGUCCAGCAGUAAUGAAGGUAACUACGCCGUCCAGAUGGUGAUGGAGGAUUUUCCCCAACAAUCCAUCACUCUGACUCACACUAACGGAGCAAAGGAGGCACAAGCUGCCAACGAGCGAAUCAGUAUGAUUCCUGUCCAGUUUGCUUUGCAAGUGGAUUCUGCUGCUCCGUCCUGCACUGACGGCGUUUAUCUGCCCAGAUUUGUGUCUCCAACUCCAGAACAUGGAGCUCGGUUCUACAGCCCCGUCAGUCAGACUCUAGAGAUCAAAGUCAGAGCAGAAGCAGAUCAGUCGACGAUCAAUGAGAUUCUGUUCAGCGGGCCGAACAACGUGAACAAGAGUUCGUCAGGAUCGGGGAGCUUCACCCUGAAGUGGACGCCAUCUGCAAGUGAAGCUGGACAGAGCCUCCCCAUCUGCUUCAUAGUCCAAGCAAGUGCCUCCAGUUUUGUCUACCAGUCUGAGCUUCGAUGCGUCAUUGUGACGGUUGGAGAUGCGACUCCUCCUAAAACAUCUCAUGUUAAGGUUGUGAAGCUGAAGAUCAAGACUUCGAUGUCACUGAAAGACAAACAAGAUGAAAUGGAGAAAGCGAUUCAAGAUCAACUGAUUACAGGAGGGCUGCCUGCAGACAUAAAGGUUCACCUGCUAAGCUUCGGUAUAGCUAAUAAAACAGCUGCCCCCUAGUGGCCAAACAGGAGAAUGAAUCUGAUCCCUGCAGGAAAUUUGAUUUAAUCUUCCUGUAUAUUAUAAAUAAUUCAGGGAGUUAUGGUUGUU